AUGAAGCUGUUUGUGGUUCUUAUUAUUCUGCUGUUUGAGGUGCCCACAGAGGCCGCACGCAUCCAAAAAUGCUUUCGUAAUAUAGGAGGCAACUGCAGGAAGAAGUGCGAAGUGGGAGAAAUCAAUGAUGGGUUAUGUGUAAAUAAGAAAGCAUGUUGUAUCAAUGAAGCCCACAACAAAAAGUACGAGGAAGAACAAGAGUUACUUCUCUCUUCAUUGCAGUCUGAUAAGAAGCUGGACUAUGCCAUUUUACCCACAAUCACACUUGUCACAGUCUAA